AUGGCUACAGUCUUGCCUCGGGUGUUGUCACCGCAGCAGAGUGGGUUUGUGGCGGGCCGGUCUAUUACAGAUAAUGUGCUUCUAGCGUCUGAGAUGUGCCACGGGUUGAGCUUGCAGAACCGGGACAUAGUCCUUAAGUUAGACAUGGCUAAGGCUUAUGACCGGGUAUCAUGGUUUUUCCUGACUUCGGUGAUGCGCCGCCUGGGUUUCAGUGAGGUCUGGAUAGAUAUGGUGUUCCGGGCCGUGUCUAACGUGUGGUAUUCAGUGAUUGUGAAUGGAGUCAAAGAGGGCUUCUUCACAUCUACGCGAGGUCUCAGGCAAGGGGACCCGCUGUCCCCGACUCUGUUUGUGAUUGCAGCUGAGGUCUUGUCGGUGUACAUUGCGCGGGUCUAUGAUGGCACUACGGUGCCCCGGUUUACACAUCCGCCACGGACACCACAUAUUCACCACCUGGCCUAUGCGGACGAUGUUAUUAUUUUUAGUACGGCCAGUUUGGGAGCUAUUGAGGUCGUGAUUGGGGCGUUAAAGGAGUACGAGGAGAUCUCGGGACAAUUGGUGAGCUUUCAGAAAAGUGCGUUUUACAUGCACCCUCGUACUCCGGCCCACGAGAUUGAGCAGAUUUGCCGGGCAACGGGCUGUGUGCAUAAACAGUUUCCUUUUACAUAUUUGGGCUGCCCGGUGUAUAUAGGCCGUAAAAAGUGUAUCUACUUUGCUUCGGUGAUUGAUAAAGUUAAGGCUAGAUGCUUGAGUUGGCAACGCCGGCUGCUCUCGAAGGGCGGGAAGGCAAUCUUGAUCUCUUCAGUCUUGCAGGCCAUACCGUUGCACAUAUUUUCGGCCUGCGCUCCGCCAAAGCAGGUCAUACGGGAUUUGGAGAGAUGUUAUGCGAGUUUUUUCUGGAAACAGUCAGGGGGCGCCCGGUACCACUGGAGUUCGUGGAAAACCCUCUCUCGUCCUAAGAAGGAAGGGGGGGUGGGGUUCAUGGAUUUAGACUUGAUGGUAAGGGCGGCCAGUGCUAAAUUGUGGUGGAAUUUCCGGACAGAUCAUACUUUAUGGUCGGACUUUAUGAGGGCGAAAUAUUGCAGUCGGGUUCACCCGGUUGCUAAGUUGGUUCAGAAUAGAGAUUCGCACACCUGGAAGAGGAUGCUGGCGGUACGUGAUGAGGUUGAGGGGGUUCUCACUUGGCGGUUGUUCCAAGGCCGGGUUAAUUUCUGGUGGGACAACUGGUCGGGUCUGGGCCCACUUGGCAGGCUUUAUCCACACCGGGUGGUUUCCUACUCCCGGGAGUUACUUCUAGACUAUGUGCGGGAUGGCCAGCUUGAUUUGACAGACCACGAUGACUUGGCAUUUGCUGGGAUUGGGGCGGACCUGUCCCGCUUGGGGCAGGGCCCGCGUGAUAUCCCACUCUGGACCGUGGCGUCCGACGGUAUGUUUUCUUAUUCCUCUGCUAAGGCCUUUCUUAGGCCUGCUUUGCCCACUGCACCGGACCCGCUCUUAGCUAAGUGUUGGCGCAAGCACCUUCCUUUUAAGGUGUCCUUCCUGGCUUGGAGGGUGUUCCGAGGGCGGCUUCCCAUGGAUGACAUCUUGGCCCAUUUCGGUCAUGCGAUCGUCUCGAGGUGUCGGUGUUGUCCAGCCCCGGUCCCCGAGUCUAUUGAUCACAUCUUUUAUUCUGGGGAAACAGCAAGAGCCGCUUGGAGAUAUGUUUUGGCGUCCCUCGGCCUCUACUUGCGACACCGGAGUCUUAGGACUUUGAUUGCAGGAUGGGGUCGGGCGGGGGCGCGUAACCCUCUUUUGUCUUUUGUUGUUUGCAGGUUGCCGUAUCUGGUGUUGUGGGAGCUGUGGAAGCACCGUAAUGGGUGCAUGUACGGCCGAGACACACCUACCAGCGUUGCACGGGUGAUGCAUGGGGUGGCAAAGGGGGUGGCGGAAUGCCUGUUUAGGCGUUGGCCCAUGCAGCAUAUCCUGCCCUCUAACUGGAGGACUAUUGUGGCAUACUUGGAGGCACAUGUGCCGAGACGUAUUAUUAGGGCGGUCAGGUGGUCUCCCCCGGUUGCCGGGGCAUUAAAGAUCAAUCUUUCUCGGUCUUCGGCGGCUGGGGGGGCUGCGGCCGUGGUGCGCAACCAGGACGGUGGCUUCUGCUACGGGGUUGCGUGGUCUGGCCACGGGGAGCACGCCCGGGGAAUGUUCCGGGUCCUUUUCUCUUGCCUGGAAUGGUGCCUGGCCGGGGGAACUACUUUGAUUGAUAUAGAGUCCACUUGGGCGGAGUUGGCUAGCUACGUUGAUAUCUCUGUUCGUCCGCCGUGGAUUCUAGAUGAUGUUGUGACCAGACUCCGGUUUCUGUGUUCCUGUGGGGUUGUUACUGCUUCUGUGUGCCCGUCCAGGGCCAAUAUGCCUGCACAGGCGCUAGCUAACUGGGCGGUGGAUAAGCCGGGGGAGGCCAUCUUUCGGAGCCUCAAUGAUCUGCCACGUAGGGUCCGUGCUUUACUGAUACAUGAUGAUGUGCCCUACGUGUUUUUUGAUAUUGAUGAUCCCCCGUGA